CGCCUGGUUAGACAACUGCCGGCAGGUUUGCUUUAUGGCUUUCGCCGGCUUCCCGCUUCUCAGGGGCUUAGAGAUGUCCUUGCACUGCCGAUCUUCAAGCAGGAAGAACCGCAGCUGUCUCCUGAGAAUGAUGCCAAGCUGCCUCCCUUUCAGUACGUCCUCUGCACAGCCACGUCACCUGCUGUGAAACUGCACGAAGAAACCCUGACCUACCUCAACCAAGGUCAGUCUUAUGAAAUCCGUCUACUUGAGAAUAGGAAAUUGGGAGAGUUUCAAGAUUUAAACACAAAAUAUGUAAAGAGCAUUAUUCGUGUAGUUUUCCAUGAUCGACGCCUGCAGUACACAGAGCAUCAGCAGCUCGAGGGCUGGAGGUGGAGUCGGCCUGGGGACCGCAUACUUGAUAUAGAUAUUCCGCUGUCAGUUGGUAUCUUGGAUCCCAGGGCUAGCCCAACCCAGUUGAACACUGUUGAAUUUCUGUGGGAUCCAUCAAAGAGAGCCUCAGCAUUCAUUCAGGUACAUUGCAUCAGCACAGAAUUUACUCCACGGAAACAUGGAGGAGAGAAAGGGGUGCCCUUCCGGGUGCAAAUCGACACCUUUAAGCAGAAUGAAAAUGGUGAAUACACAGAACACUUGCAUUCUGCAAGCUGCCAGAUCAAAGUGUUCAAGCCUAAAGGAGCAGACAGAAAACAGAAGACUGACAGGGAAAAAAUGGAGAAGAAGACCACCCAAGAGAAGGAGAAGUAUCAGCCUUCCUAUGAGACAACUAUUCUCACAGAGUGCUCUCCCUGGCCAGAUGUGCCUUAUCAAAUGAACAAUGCUCCGUCUCCAAGCUACAACAGUUCUCCCAACAGCUUCAACCUUGGAGAUGGCAACAGUUCUCCAACCCACCAAGUGGAGCUCCUGCCUCCCAGCAAUGAUCAUCUCCUUCCUUCUGCUUCUAUUCAAGAUGCCCAGCAGUGGCUUCAUCGUAAUAGGUUCUCUCCAUUCUGUAGACUCUUCUCAAGUUUUUCGGGUGCUGACUUACUGAAGAUGUCCAAAGAAGAUUUUGUUCAAAUCUGUGGGCCUGCUGAUGGAAUUCGGCUCUUUAAUGCAAUCAAAGGAAGAAAUGUAAGGCCCAAGAUGACAAUUUAUGUCUGUCAAGAACCAGAGCAAAACAGGUCCCAUCUCCACCAAAAACGAGAAAAUGGAGAUGGCAGUCUUUGUGUAUAUCAUGCAAUCUUCUUGGAAGAAUUGACCACACUGGAAUUAAUCGAGAAGAUUGCAAACUUGUACAGCAUUUCUCCACAGCAGAUAAAUCGAAUCUAUCGGCAGGGACCCACAGGGAUCCAUGUAUUAGUGAGCAAUGAGAUGGUGCAAAACUUCCAAGAUGAAUCAUGUUUUGUUAUCAGCACAUUAAAAGCUGAAAGCAAUGAUGGCUACCACAUCAUUUUAAAAUGACCGUGCUGCACAGAAAGACUUUAACAGCCUAAAAUUUAGUGCCUCACUGAGAUUGCUACAACCUAGCCUGGAAACAUGAAGAACCUUCUGGAUAAAAUGCUCCUAUGAACUAAGAAUUACCAAACAGCUUAAGGAAAAACUUGCUUUUACAGAUAUACAUUUUUGGUGGUGUGUGGUUUUGUUUUUGUUUUUUUUGAAGCUGGAGCUGAGAACAUCCUCAAAGCUUGUACAUGUUUCUUCCUCCCUCCCUUCCUCUUCGGUCUUAAAAAUUGCUGAGAUUUCUGCUUAUUACUUAGAAAC